AAAAAAUUAACUUCUUCUCUUCUGUGAAGCCAAAGAGAGCUUGCUGGUCACGAUGCCGGCGAAGCCCAAGUCCAAGUGUGAACGCUGUCGUGCGGACAAGCAAAAGUGCGAGCCGGAGAACAGAAGAUGGCCCGGCGAGAAAUGCGAUCGGUGCCGAAUGUUCAAUUACGCCUGCUCGGCCUCUACCCUCCCAAUGCCGGGCUCGUCAGGGCCGCGGGACACCCCGGACGUCAGCCAGUUCGCGGCGAAGAAAUAUGACAUCGUCCUCUUCAAGACCCCCGAGCAGACCGGCGAGGUCGGUCGGGUUAUUAGGAUCUACAUUGGAGAAGCACUCCAGAAGGAAUAUCAUCGUUCCCGUGCGGCCGAAGGCCCAUCCAAAGUUGAUUCGGAGGAUUUAACGCUGCUGCCGGUCCAUCGAGCUGUCGCCCACGACCCUCCACCUCCACCUACGACCAUUUCCCUCCGGGCAACCAACCUUGACGAGCGAGAUAAAAAGAACCGGACGCCUCUCCAUCGAGCCGCUAUGCUGAGGCGGGCCGGGUGGGCACAGUGGCUGGUGGGCUGUGGCGCCGACGUUAACGCGCAGGAUGAAGACGGAAUGACUCCGCUCCACGUCGCCGCAUUAUCCGACGAGGACGGAUCCAUUGUCGAUCUGCUGCUUGCCGGCCCCGCCGAUAAGCUGCUCCCAAACAAGCAUGGGGUGCUCCCCUUGCACGUGGCCGCGGCGGUCUCGCCGAACCUCGCCGUCAUGCGCAAGGUGGUUCAGUGGUACCAGGCCAACGGCGGCGUCAACCUCCCCGACGGCGAGGGCAGAACUCCGCUCCACCGUGCGGCCGACGACGAUUGGGUCGUCGGUGGCAGGAUCGACGAGCUCGCGGCCGCCGGGGCGGAAAUGGACGCCCUGGACGCCCGUGGGCUCACCGCGCUCCACGUCGCCGUCCUCGGCCAAAGGGCGGAGGCGGUCCUAGCGCUGCUCCGCAACGGCGCUUACGUGGACGCCCUCGACUCCGAGGGCCGGACGCCCCUAGUCCUCCUCUUGGAAACGUACGGCGAAUACCUGGAUUCCGCCGUCGGGAACUGCGAGCUGAGCCCGGAAUGCUACCACCCGCUCCGGCAGAUCUCCGGCCUGUUUCUGGACGUAGGUGCCAACGUCCUGAUCCGCGACAAGCGCGGCAUCUCGGCCCUCAACGUGGCCCUCUUCUGGUACCUCAGGUGGACUGCCAAGGACGCGUUCGACAGGCACGACUGGAAGUCGGCGCCGCACCCUUCGUUAAAGGCCAAGUUUGCGGAGUGGUGGCGCAAGGACGUUCGUAGAAUGGGAGGGGGCGAGCGGGCUGGUCGCCCUAAGGUGCCGGCGGAUGUCAAGGAUAUAUGGCUGAAUGACGUUUUGGACAGGCUGAAGGAUAUUGAGGUCGUACAGGGACGGUGUCCACCGGGAGUUUCGAAUGGACGCCCACCUGUCGUUAAGGACAAAACGGGUCGAAACGCUCCCAUUUUUAAGGAGCGCGCUGACAACGUUGAGCUGGUGGAUUUCAUCGAGCAGCAAGGGGACACUCUAUAUUUGAAGAAGCAAUAGGGCGGACGGGCAGACUCCUCCACAUCUUGUUAAUGCGAUGCUGCUUUGUCGGAUUUGCGCGGGAAGG